AUGCACAAAUCAGUUCUCGAUGUACAUAUGAGGUCUCACACGGGGGAGAAACCAUUUUCCUGCCCUGAGUGCAAGAAAUGUUUUACACAGAAGGCCCAUCUGUCUCGACAUCAGAGAUCACACACGGGCGAAAAGCCAUAUUCCUGCACGGAGUGCGGGAAAUGUUAUACACGGAAAUCAGAACUUAUUAUACAUAAAAGAUCUCACACUGGGGAGAGGCCGUAUUGCUGUUCUGAGUGCGGGAAAUGUUUUUCAAGUAAAAGCAGUCUUUUCAUCCAUCAGAAAUAUCACACGGGUGAGAAGCCAUAUGCCUGCCCUGAGUGCGGGAAAUGUUUUGCGCAGAAAUCAGAGCUUGUUGUACACAAAAGAGCUCACACUGGGGAGAGGCCAUUUUGCUGCCCCCAGUGCAGGAAAUGUUUUUCACAGAAGCACUAUCUUACCAAACAUCUGAGAAUUCACAUGGAUGAAAAGCUGUAUUCCUGUCCUGAGUGCGCAAAGUGUUUUUCACAGGCGUCAAAUCUUAACAAACAUCUGAGAUUGCACGCGGGUGUGAGGCCGUAUUCCUGUCCUGAGUGCGGUAAAUCUUUUUCACAAAAGUCCACUCUUACCAUUCAUCAGAAGCCGUAUCCCUGCCCUGAGUGCGGAAAAUGUUUUUCAUACAAAUCAGGAUUUGUUGGACAUCAAAGAUCUCACACGGGAGAAAAGCCGUAUCCCUGCCCUGAGUGCGGAAAAUGUUUUUCAUACAAAUCAGGACUUGUUGUACAUCAAAGAUCUCACACGGGAGAAAAGCCGUAUCCCUGCCCUGAGUGCGGAAAAUGUUUUUCAUACAAAUCAGCACUUGUUGUACAUCAAAGAUCUCACACUGGAGAAAAGCCGUAUCCCUGCCCUGAGUGCGGAAAAUGUUUUUCAUACAAAUCAGGACUUGUUGGACAUCAAAGAUCUCACACGGGAGAAAAGCCAUAUCCCUGCCCUGAGUGCGGAAAAUGUUUUUCAUACAAAUCAGCACUUGUUGUACAUCAAAGAUCUCACACGGGAGAAAAGCCGUUUCCCUGCCCUGAGUGCAGAAAAUGUUUUUCACAGAUGUCUUCUGUUUCCACGCAUCUGAAAUCCCACUCAAGGGAGAGGCUGUAUUCCUGCCGAACGGGGGAGAAGCCGUAUUCCUGCCCAGAUUGCGGGAAAUGUUUUUCGCAGAAGACCCAUCUUUCCAGACAUCAGAGCUCGCACACGGGGGAGAAACCGUAUUCCUGCCCAGAGUGCGGCAAAUAUUAUACACGAAAAUCAGACCUUGUCAUACAUCAAAGAUCUCACACGGGGGAGAAGCCGUAUUCCUGUCCUGAGUGCAGGAAAUGUUUUUCACAUAAGUCCCAACUUAACAUCCAUCAGAGGUCUCACACGGGGGAUAAUCCGUAUGUAUGUCCUGAGUGCGGGAAAUGUUUCCCACGAAAAGCGUACCUUGUCACACAUCAAAGAUCUCACACGGGGGAGAAGCCGUAUUCCUGCCCAGAGUGUGGGAAAUGUUUUUCCGGGAAGUCUUGUCUUUCCAAGCAUCAGAGAGUGCACACAGGUGAAAAGCCGUAUUCUUGUUCUGAGUGUGGGAACUCUUUUUCACAGAGGAUACAUCUUUCCCGACAUCAAAGAGUGCACACGGGUGAAAAGCUGUAUUCUUGCUCCGAGUGCAGGAAAUGUUAUACGCGGAAUUCCGAACUUGUUAUACAUCAAAGGUCUCACACGGGGGAGAAGCCAUACUUGUGCCCUGAAUGUGGGAAAUGUUUUUCACAUAAGACUCCAUUUAACACCCAUCGAAGAUCUCACACCGGUGAGAAUCCGUAUUCCUGUCCCGAGUGCGGGAAAAAUGUUUUUCACACAUCAGAGAUUGCACACGGGGAGGACAAGCCGUAUCCCUGCCCUGAGUGUGGGAAAAGUUUUUCACACAAAUCAGAACUUUCUAUACACCAAAAAUCUCACGCGGGGGAGAAGCCGUAUUCCUGCCCCGAGUGUGGGAAAUGUUUUUUACAGAAGUCUUGCCUUGUCAGACACCAGAGAUUGCACACGGGUGAAAAGGUCUAUUCCUGCCCCGAAUGCGGGAAAUGUUUUCCAUGUAAAUCAGACCUUGUUGCACACCAGAGAUCUCACACGGGGGAGAAGCCGUAUUCCUGUCCAGAGUGCGGGAAAUGUUUCUCAAAGAAGUCCCACAUUUACACACAUCAGAGAAUGCACACGGGGGAGAGGCCAUAUUCGUGUCACGAGUGCGGGAAAUGUUUUCCAUGUAAGUCAGACCUUAUUGCCCAUCAGAGAUCCCACACGGGUGAGAAGCCGUUUUCCUGCCUUGAGUGCGGGAAAUGUUUUUCAAUGAAGUCCCAUCUUUACACACAUCAGCGAUUGCACACGGGCGAGAGGCCGUAUACCUGUUCAGAAUGUGGGAAAUCAUUUUCGCAGAAGUCCAAUCUUAGUAAAACAUCAGUUCUGGCACACACAGGAAAAAUCUCCUUUGCUGCCCUGAGUGCGGGAAUUGUUUUCUGCAGAAAUCAGCAGAAGCCGUAG